GGGUGGUCACAUCUCCCUGCACAAGCCACAACCGCCAACCCCCACCGUGAGAUCUUGGGGGAGCACCAAGGAAGAGGAGGAAGUCCUUCGAAGUCGAGCAUCGAAGAAGAGGAGAAGAUACUUGCGUGUUCUUUGUGGUGUCGACAUGGGGUUCCCGGCAGGCUACUCGGAGCUGCUUCUGCUGCCAAGAAUCCUCCUCCACAUAGCCCUAAUCCUUGGCUCCGUGCGGCGGCUCGUUUUCUGGGUCUUCCACGCGGUCGGCCUCGGUGACCUCGUCGACUCCGACGCUCCCUGGCCCGAGAACAGCGGCCACAGCCAGCUCGACCAUCACCACCACCACCACCAGCAACCGUCGCAAUUCCGGUCGGUGUCGGCGAUGCUGAUCCAGGAGGCGCUCCCGGUGGUGCGGUACGAGGAGCUGGUGGCGGCGGGACAGCACGUCGGCGGCAGUUGCGCGGUCUGCCUGUGCGAGUUCGAGGACGCGGAGGAGGUCCGGCGGCUGAGCAAUUGCAGGCACGUCUUCCACCGCGGCUGCCUUGACCGGUGGCUGGAGUAUGACCAGCGGACUUGCCCGCUGUGCCGCACGCAGCUCGUUGGGGAGGAGACGCAGGACGCCCUCGACGAUCAAAUGUGGGCCGCCGCCGGUGUCCCGGAUUCGUACUACGACGACUACUACUCGUUUCCGUUUGUUUCACCCUCGCCGUCGAGCCCAUCAUCUCUGCUUCUUCCCCACCAGCUGUUUUCUUCCUACUAACUAAACCUGCAAAUACAAGAAGGCAGAAGAAACACAAGUUCGGAUCGGCCAAUUGUAUAUAUAUGAAUGACACUGAACGAGAGAAACAGGGUGAUCAAGAAAGAAGAAGAAGAGAGAAGGUGAGGAACACUGUUUCUUCCUCUGUAGCGCGAUAGGGGAUUUGAAAUUUGUUUUGCAGUGUUUAGAACAUUCUUUCUUUUCUUUCAAUUUCUGUUCUUCUCCUUUCCUUGGGUUGUAAAGCUGGUGUGGCGACAUUAAGAUUGAAAAGGAUUUCUUCAAAUUA